CCGCAAACCGUUGCUAUUCUUUGGCUUGGAUUUUAAUUUUCUUGUUCCAACCAAAACUUCUCUGUGAAAAUGGGAUUCGUUUGUUGCGUUCCUGGGUGCAAGAACAAAAGCAACAGCGGCGACAACGGGAACGGAAUUCAGUUGCAUCGUUUUCCAAAUAACCAGCAGUUAUUUGAUCUUUGGUUAGCUGCAAUCGGCCGUCCGGAUUUGAAUCAAAAACCCCUAGAAAAUGUUCGAGCUUGUUACAGAGUCUGUAGUGUACACUUUGCAAGGGAACCUGAUCUUAUGGACAGCAGACGACAGUCAAAUAUACCAAAUGACGCCGUUCCAACUCUACUUUUAAGCAAUUCUGUUGAAUUACCUGCUACGCGUGCUGAAACACAUCCAAAUGCAGCUACAAAAAAACAACUUGGUAAACAACAAAAUGGAAAUAAUUCUGAUUCAAUAUCGAAAAAACAGACCAUGACACCUGCAAGAGCCAGACGUAGUCCAAGUAUUUCUGAAGCAAAAACAAGUUCAGACUUAGAUAUUCAAACCAAAAUAAUUGUUUUCAAUAUUUAUUCCAAUCUGAAAAAAGAAAAUGAUGAUUUUUCAGAAAACCAAAUUCUGGAGAGAAUUAGUGAAAUGACCAAAAUCAACCUUAAAGUAGUUUGUGAAGUAAUUCAGGAGAGAUGUAAUCAACCUCGCAAGUAAAUGAAAAAAGAUUAGACAAAAACUGAAGCAAGUUGGCAUAAAAAGAAAUUAUUUUUUCUGUUUAAAAAUUUGUUUCGGUAAAAUUCAUUGCAACAGUGUGGAAGUUCUAUGACAAAUUUGGGAAUUGGGAUCCAGAAGUAUUGCACUGUGACUGUAAAACUAAAAUAAAAUUAUCUGUUUCCCUUUGUUUAUAAAUAUGAAGUACCUACAUUUAAACAAAACCCAAAAUUGUAACUGUAAAAAUUGUAUAAAAUAAAAUUAA